GGGAACAAGGAAGUGAAAAUAACAAAAAGAAGAACUUAUCACCAUAGUCACCACAGGAAAAAAAUUGUCCAAGAAAGAGUUGCAGAUUAUUAUUAUUUUUGACCAAGAUUUCCCAGGAGUUGAAGAGUGCUCCGACGGAAUUGCUGCAGGUGCGCGCAGGGCGUGAGAUGGGGACUCCAGGCAGAGAUGUGGCUGAAGACAUCAGCCAGCAGAUCAGCGAUGCUCUGGGACGCCUGCAAAGCAAGCAGCUCUUCCAAACCACCUGGGAUAUCGUGGCUUUUGCCAUCUUCUUCACCUUCAUCGGGAUGGUUCUCUUGCUGGGACUCCUUGCGUUGAUCCGAUGUUGCUGCUGUGAUUGUGAUGCUCCCAGUUCAUACAAGAAGGUCAAGAAAAGGAAAGUUGGUAUUGACAAUAGGGGCAUGGAGCCAUAGACGCCAUAUGACCAAUCGUCUGAGCAGCCGGCUUUAACUGAUUUUUCUCUGCUGUGCUGGAAUUUUUUUGUAAGAAAUCGGAUUUCUUCUGGAAGGAACUGUGGGACAGGUGAGCCCUCAUGAGGCUUAGAUGCUCCUACGAUGAUUCUUAGUCCAUGUCUGUGUGCCAUAAGUUGGGGCGAACAAUUCAGCCACUCUCACCGUUGGCAACUAUCCUUCUGAUCAUUAGUAACAAGGAAAGAGAUAAUGAAAUACCUAGUCCAUGAACAAUGAUAAUCCUCUUUUGCCAAACUCUUUUAUCUUGUGGGUCUACCAGUUGGGUUUGUUAGCAUGUGCUUUAAAAAUGGAAUCACAAGGGGUCUACUUUGGCCAUCUUAGUCCCAUCAAAUGCUGACAGCAACCAAAAAAAGAUCCAAUAAAUCUGUUAUUGAGAUGGGCUGCUUUUAUCGUCCUAGAUUGGAUUUCUCUAUAGAAGCAGUCCAGACCGUGUACUAGCUUGGUAUAACAUUAUCCUCUUUGUAAUACUGAAAAUGUGUUUUUUAAAAAUCAAUUCAGGAUGCUUUGCACCGAGGGUGUCUAAGUCGGGCAACUUUUAAGACUUGUGGAUUUCAACUCCCAGAAUUCCCCAACCAGCAUGACUGGGGAAUUCUGGGAGUUGGAAGUCCACAAGUCUUAAAACGUUACCAAGAUUGGACCUUGCUGCUUUAUAUCUUCUCGUUCUAAUAUCCCAGAUUUGUAACUUUUCCAAGAUUGGUGUCCUAAUUUUCGAUGUAAAAUGUAGUCUCUUGGUUAUUGUGAAUCUCUUAUUGUGUAGAGGGACUUUCUAGUUGUGGUUGAAUAAAUUUAGAUGGCUGUGUAAGGGA